ACUGUUCAGAUGGAAGGAGCGAUAACCACCUUCUUUCUGGCGCGCAACUAGACAACAAAACCAUAAAAUCGGCUUCCAAAUGACUGCUCUUUGACCUCGGUAAAUUAUUAAUGAAACUCUUGUCUCCUUUGACAGUGAGUCGACAGCAGAAAUUUUGAAAAGAUGCAUAUCGGCAGUCAUAAUUUUGGAAAUGACGGAAGGAAUUACAACAUCAGUUUUUGUGUGACGUGCUAGGCCUGCACCACCUGUUCUUACGCACGCAGCACGGCUGUCAUUGCCACAAACAACCGAUAUCUGUCUGAUAAAAUCCACAGAUAGGGACAUCGUGUGUUGCGUUGUUGGCGAAGCGCAUUAAGAUUGACUUUGACCGUCAAUUACAAAGUACAAAAGGUUAAUAUUGUCUCUGACCGUCUUAAAAGAUGUGAUAAUUGGAACUUAGGGAUUUCGUUCCAACUGUACCAGUUUGCAUGAAGUUGUAUAAGGUAUGUAGUGCAGCGUGAAUGCGGUGUUAAUUUCUUGGCAGAGGCCCAGUAUCUCCCGUGACUUAAGCAUCAUGCCGCCUUCAAACUUCUCAGGCGUGAAAUCAACGGUCUUUCCCUUUAUAAAGGUUUCCAGUGUGACUUUAUCUGACAACGGUCUGUACUUCAGAAUCACCAUUGUUACCAGGAGACAAUAAAACCCUCCAAGAAUAGACUGGGUGGUACUAUUUUUAAACGCGACGACGCAUCCUAUUCAAAUAAGGCACCUUGAAUAGUCGGCAUGAUUAGCCGGUCACGGCAGUCACUGGCGAACAUCGCCCCACCGUCAGCACUCAUGAGCAGCCUGGGUCAUCGCCAGGGUUCGCAGGGCGACAUCAGCCGGGCGCUCUUCGGCAAGGUGAAGGGAGUGAACGCUAGCGCGCGGAGGGGCUCCGCCAUGGCCGUCAUGCAGCGGUCUGACGAGACCGCCAUCAAGUCCCAACAGGUGCUGGGAUUACGGAACGACGACUGGAACAGUGUGCAGAAGAAGGUGCUCUCCAUUUUCAGAGGCGGGAAACUGGCUCCAGGUGAACUAGACGAUCUCAACGAGCAGGUCAGGGCCGCGUUGAAGUCAGAAAUUGGUGAAUUUAUAACAGAUUACUACAAGAAAAACCUCCUUCGCCGAGGAAUGGAUCUAAUGUACAGCUCCAUAAUUACUGAAGACGGUCCCCAACUUUUAGCCAGUUUGGCCAAACAAUGGAAUAAAUUCUUCUGUGAGGUCCUUCCCACCUUGCGAGCAAUAUUCUGUCCUGUUCAGACAAAAGGACUGACGAUUUUACAGUUGAGCCUUUUGGGGUUUCGGGACCACAUUGUCUUAAAGCUGCAUACACUCAAGGACGCCCUCUCGGCCGAUCGAGCGGCGGUUCCCAACGAGAUAGUCCAGAUGCUGCUGCACCUACAGAGCGUGCGCGAGAGCGGCUACCCGUCGGAGGAACACCUCCAUAUUGAAUCCUUGGUUGCGAAGGUGGUCUGCCCCUACCUAGGAACGAAAGGCCUGUACCUGGGAGGAGAUGAACCCGUAGUGGCCGCCAAAAUACAGCAGCCCAUGGUCCACGACUCCAUGCGAAGGAGACAGGAAAACGGCAGAGCGCAUCGAACCAGGCCGACUAGCCUUCAGUUCACUGAACCGCCCUCAUCCCGCUCCACCAGCGACAUCCUGUCUUCACCCCUCCGUGACACCCCGACCAUGUCCCCGCGGGAGCACUCGGCUAGUCUCGGUGCCCUCCGGAGAUCACCGAACACGCGCCGCAGGGGCAGUCACCAGCUGUCGUCGCUGGAGACCUUACUGGAGGACGAGAAAAAGCGAAGCCACGAAAUGACAGACCACGAGUGCUGAUCACGACGAUUAGUGACGAUAAUCGUAAACAUUCCAUGGCGACAGGCCAACAAGAUCAAAUUCCGCCCAGCAAGCAGUUGCAUUGACUGGCGAAUGACGGUAUGUGCUGGGUCGUUAAUCGCUUAAUAGUUGGACUUGCCAUUUUCCUCAAGUUCUUUAUGACAGUCAGAAUAUUUCCUUUUCCGUGACCUGCACAGACAUCAAAUAUUACUGUUCCACCUUUUGUUUGGUUUAUCGUUUGUUUGCUCACAGUGACUUUGUUUUUCGUUAAGUUGUUUCUAGUUCCAGCAUAUCCUGGCUUCGUUUACGAUUCGAGUCUCAACAGUGUGGCCCCACCUGUGACCUAUUGUUGACUUUAUUGGCGUAGUAAUUCACUUCAUGUUACACAUUUGUUAUUAAGGUACAUGGUGACCCAAAUUGAAUCAUCAUGCAGUCAACUUCAAACUUGGUCCAACAUUGUCCAUGCAUCCCUCUAACACUUCAAAGACCAAUGCAGAGACUGACUACAUUAAACUUCACACAGCCGAACAGGCUAGGUCUCUGCUGACUGAUAGAUGAAUACAAGGAAAGUUCAUAUUUUCACUCCCCAAAUCAUUGUGGUCGCAACAUGUUCAAUCACCAUUUUGUAUAUAGGCCCUAGACUCAUGAAAAAAAUCUAUGGCUAGCUCUCCCCUAUCCCUUCAAAACAAAAUACUAUGCAAAUUGGUAAUUCUCAAUACUCACUCCUGGUCAGUUAAGUUUUUCACUAUUUAUUCAGCUUGCCCACUUACGUCGCUUCAGAACCAAUUAUAAUUUUGAAUGUAUAUUUCAAGAAAUUUACUGUAUAAAAUAUGCCCGUUUGUGUUCUGUUAUAUGAACAAGAAUUGAAUAAAUUAUUUAUGUAAAUUUUGUGAGGUUGUUAAAA